AUGGCACGGGCAGCAGAAUUCGUCUUUGGUGUUAAAGAUGGAGAUAAUUAUACUAAAGCUAGAGCGUUCAUUAGACAUUUACGAGAAUGGAUUGUUACCAUUGGACAAUUCACUAAAGUCACAGAUCAAGAAGGAGUUGUUCUUCAGCCUGGAGAUGUCGACAAAGUAACAAAUAUGGUUAUGGAUUCAUUCAAUGGCAAGAACUUUGGAUAUAAGAAUUCGAUCAAACGCGAGAAUGUUCAUCAUAUUCUUGAACGUGCAUUCAAUCAAUAA